AUGCAGACUGCUAACAUCUCCAUCCGUUACCGCUGGUUACAGGUGACGAUGCAGAUGCGCUCGCAGGCGCGCGCGACGCACCUGCGCGACGUCGCCGACGACAUGCAAACGCUGUACGUCGCGGCGGCGGCGAGCACGUUCGAGUUUCGCGCCAAGGUCGCAGCCGUCUCGGGCGUCGUCGAGGGCGUCGUCCGCUACCACCCGUUCCUCUACGACAGGGAGACGUUCCCAGCCGAGUUCGUCGACCCCAGAGACGUUGAGCCGGAGAUCGAGGACGAGCACGACUACGCGAUACCGACGACGAAAGCGCGCGGCCGACGCCCGAUCUUCGACUGCUACUGGAACGGUCGCAUGAUUCCCUACACAACGAUUCAUGAGUUCGAUUGGUGCGCACCGCCAAAGAAAGAGAAGGCGGUACCUCUAGCAUGCUGGAACAGGGUCUCGGGAGUGCUAUGGACGAACGACAAGUUUCAAGUGUCGACGAACAAGUUGACCUUCAUUGACCUGGAGGUCAGGCUCAAGGACAAACAGACCAUGUUCUCUAGGGUUAUAAACGGACAGGAGCGGCGGGGCAACAUCGCAAAGCAGUUUGCAGACUGGCUGAAGGAGUGCCACGAGCGCUGCGACAAGCAGGUUCACUUCAGCGACUACAGGGGGCUCUGCAGUCGCACCGAGCUUCCGCGGAACCGGCAGGGGCCGUGGUCGACGUACGCGCAGAUCGAGUGGGAGCGCAGGACGUACGGAGCGGGAACGUUGAUCAAGACGAAGAAGACGGUUCCUCCGAUGUACGGCAAGAUCACGCGUUUCUUUCUCUACGGCGAGCGGGAGGAGGAGGAGUUCGUCACCGGAGGAGAGGUGGAGAUACAGCAGCAACCCAAGUGCAUAUAUGGAGAGACGAAGACGGUGCCGUUGUUCAAAAUUGACCGCUCAGCCAGCCAGGCGAUGAUCAAGAAAGCUAUCGAUGAAGAAAUGGCACUGAUGCCGAGCGUCGUCGUCGUGUCAUGGCCAGAGGGCAACGAGGUCAAACACGGGGAGCGGCGUCCUGCUGGCCGCGUCGUCGGCGAUAUAAAGGUGGAAAUCCUCAAUCAGAAGCGGGAGGCAAUCAACAAGUUGCCGGGGCAGGGAGGCAAGAGGAAGCUGCUGGUCGAACUGAAGGUCGUCUGGCAUGCUCCUGGUGGGGAUGAGAUCAUCGCUUCCCACGUCGGCCAGCAUGGCACGACUUGGCCCUACUGGUUCCGAAAAAUGGAGAACCUGCGACAGAUUGGCGCGCACACGCUCACUCUGCAGGUAUGUGUCAACGACAGCGCUACGUCUACGUUCGCCGGACAGCCGCUGCCGCGCUACACCCUCAAGUUCACGGUCACAGUGUCACAAACCGGUGUGGCAUAG